GUGAGUUAAAGUUAAUAAAUUUAGUUAAUCAAUAAACUACUAUUGAUUAUACCUUAUCUAAUAAUUAUAAGAAAUUGGGUCAAAUAAAAAACGAAAGCAAAAAAAGAAAAUUAAAAAAAGAAAAAAAAAUUACCUGAAGUUGGUCGUAGGUGGAAGACAAAAGAAGCUUCAUUAGAGGAUAGAGGUGGUUGAAGGAGGCUAGAAGAGGCAUUCGAAUGUUCUGUGAGAAGUGGGUUCGAGAUGGUGGAAGAUGGGUUCAGGGUACUAUAGUCGAGGUGAGGAGGAGAGGACUAGGUUUGACCAUGGCUUCAAAGCUUAUCGCUUGUUGUGGUUGCCGAAGGGAGGGAGAGAGAGAUGAAGAAGUUUCUUUGUCGCAAUCUGGAUUGCAGCAGUAAUGUACAAGUCUAAUGAUAUAUUACGGAAACAGACUGCUCUAAAGGGGGAGAGAAAAUUGUCUGUGCUUACCGGGUAUACACUUGUUUUCAUGAUCCAUAUUUUGGGAGUUUACUGGUGGUACAAGAAUAAUGACCUAUUGUAUCCACUUGCACUUCUUCCUCCUAAAGAAAUACCGCCGUUUUGGCAUGCUAUAUUCAUUAUCAUGGUCAAUGAUACCCUGGUACGCCAGGCAGCAAUGAUUGUCAAGUGUAUGCUGCUGAUGUACUACAAGAACAGUAGGGGCAGGAACUAUCGUAAGCAGGGUCAAAUGCUAACUCUUGUGGAGUAUCUACUUCUCCUGUAUCGAGCAUUAUUGCCAGCACCUGUUUGGUACCGGUUCUUCCUUAACAAGGAAUAUGGGAGCCUCUUCUCAUCUCUCACUACUGGGUUAUACCUAACCUUCAAGCUGACUUCAGUUGUUGAGAAGGUUCAGUCGUUCCUUGCAGCAUUGAAGGCAUUGUCACGUAAAGAGGUGAACUAUGGGUCACAUGCCACAACAGAGCAGGUUAUAGCCGCCGGUGAUAUGUGUGCUAUCUGCCAGGAGAAGAUGCAUACUCCCAUCUUGCUUCGUUGUAAGCAUAUAUUUUGUGAAGACUGUGUCUCAGAAUGGUUUGAGAGAGAACGUACAUGUCCGUUAUGCAGAGCUUUAGUAAAGCCAGCUGAUCUCAGAUCUUUUGGUGAUGGCUCAACCAGCCUCUUCUUCCAGUUAUUUUAAAUCUGCUUCAAGCAAAACAUACCAAGUUACCUCAAAAGAGAAAGUGAAGGCUUCGGUUCAUCUCCUGUACUCAUGGUUAUUUUGACUGGUAUAUUCAUGGCCUAUUUUUUCACAGUUUUCUGCUGGAAGUUGGUUCCCUAGGGAACGGAAGGAUGUCUUCAUAAUCCUAUUGUCAAUCUAUAGGCCCAUGAUUUGGGAAAUUUUUCAUGGAAAAAAGUUGCACAAACAGUUUAUUAUAAAAAAAAUAUGUAAGAUAGCACUUUUCAUGGUAAUGUUAUAUAGCAGGGUUAAUUGCAGAUGUAACCUUAUACCA